AUGUUUUAUGAGCUUAUGAUCAAACGUGGAUAUAUGAACUUACCGGACCCGGCGAAACGGGUGUUGAUGGCUAAGCCAACAUCUGGGAAAUGGCUCAUGAUCUAUCAAGACAAGCUCGGUGAUUGGCAGACGGAGCAGAAGCGGAGGGCUGCGGCAUCAUCCAGUUCCGGGAAAGAUCUGGACGAGGACUCGCCCCAGUGGUACGUCAAGAAGAUCAUGGAGGGUACCAUCACAACGAAGCAGCUCGCCAGUUUAAGCGUCUCAUUGCGCACACAACCGAUUGGAUGGGUACGGGACUUUAUUGAAGCGCAGGGUCAGAUUGCCCUUACGACUGUACUGCGGAGCAUCAACAACCAUGGCGGAAGAAACAACACUGGAUCCGAUGCGAUGCUUGACCGAGAGUACGAUAUCGUCAAAUGUCUGAAAGCGCUCAUGAACAACAAGUACGGUGCCGACGACGCUCUAGCACACCAGCACUGCAUCAAUGCGCUCGUUGCAUCCCUCACAUCUCCGCGUGUCAGCACCCGGAAGAUGGUUAGUGAAGUCCUGACCUUCCUGUGCCAUUGGGAGAGGCCUCACGGUCACUCCAGGGUGCUGCAAGCGAUGGACCAGGUCAAGGGGCAUCAGGGCGAGACCGGAAGAUUUGAUUCAUGGUUACGCAUCGUCGAGGUUACCAUCGAUGGCCGUGGAAAGCUCGGGAGUUUAGUGGGGGCCAGCGACGAGGCGCGAUCGGGCGGUAUUGGUUUCGAGAGCUUGCUCAUGGAAUACGCUCUUGCGACAUUAUUCUUGAUAAACAUCAUCGCCUCCGGCUCGGACGACAUACAUGCUCGCAUUUACGUCCGCACGCAGUUCAAGGGAUGCGGUAUUGGAAGGAUCGCCACGAAGAUGCAGGGCUUCAAUUACGAGCUCAUAGACAAACAGAUCCAGAAAUACGAGGAGGAUGCGGCAGUGGACUAUGAUGAGCUCAUGGAACGGGAUGGCACUAGUAUGGUCGAUAGUAUCGAUAGCGAGCCCAAGGACCUCAAUGACCCGGCUGCUCUCGUAGAGGCGAUCAUGCAGAAGAUCCAUGGUACCAAUACGCAGGAUUACUUCGUGUCUGCGCUGCAGCACCUGCUUCUGAUGCGGGACAACAACACGGAAGACCGGUUAAGAAUGUUUCAGCUCUCGGAGGCCAUUCUUGGUUACGUAGCCAUGGACCGCCGGUUUCCGGAUAUGGACCUGAAGGCCAGUCUGAAUUUCUCGGUGCAGAGUCUAAUGGACAAAUUGAAUACCGAUGCCGAAGCUCGACACGCUCUCGAAGAGGCGAGUGAGAGCCGGCAGGUUGCCGAAAAUGCCAUUGCCGAACGGGAUGCCAUGCAGGCUCAGAUUGACCUUGGUGCCGACGGUCUGGUUGCGAAGUUGAAGAAGCAACUGGAGGAACAAGCACAGGUUAUUGAUAUCCAGCGACGUCAAAAUGACAUGUUGAAAGCCGAGCUAGAAGAAAUCAAGGUCGCACAUGCCACUCAGAUGCAGAAGAGCGAACUAGAGACCCGAGAAUUGUACCUUAUGUUACGCGAUGCUCAGGAUGCCGCCGACGCCGUCAUCGCGGAGAAGGCUAGACAGGGCCGGAAAGAUGGGAAGAUAUUGCCUGACACCGACAUCCAAAUGCAGGGAAUCCUUGACCGGCAGCGACUCAUGGAAAAACUGGAAAGACAACUCGAGCGUAAGAAGACCGAGUUCAAAUUGGAAGGUAAAGUAUGGCAACAUGUCGCACCUAGUGAUAGGUUACGGGAACUGCGUGAAAGAAUGGAUGCCGUGCAACGCGAAGCCAAGCAGCUUGAACAGCAACAUUACGAAGAAUCUCAGCGAAAUGCAUCUGCCACAUUUGGAAGUGUUUCGAGGAAGAGCCAUGUUAAUAGGAAGAGCCGUGAUGCUGGCCGCCAGAUUUCUCAACCAUUGACCUAUGCCGAACGCGAGAAUGCCCGGUUGAGAGAGGCAAACAUCCGCGAAGAAUCUGGCGACGAUACCGAACCGGAGUAUAUCCUUGAGCGACCACGGUUGAUCCAGUACACCAAGCCGAGGAUUAACAAUGCUCAGGCCUCUGGUCUAUUAGGCGAGCUCACGGAGAGGGUGAAGCGAGUCCAGGCAUACAAUAAUGCUGAAGCUACGGACGACGAGGACGAGGACGAGGACGAGGAUGACGACGAAUCCAAGCUUAAGACCGAAUCCACCUCAAGUGAUGAGGGCGUGACGACAGGCCCGUCCCAUGCAAGCAUGGAGUCGGGGGGCUUCCUAUCCGGGAACGCUCCGCCGGCUCCGGGGCUUCCUGGGCGAAUUUCGCCGUAUCACGUACCCGGUGCGCCGCCGCCACCCGGUGGUGUGCAUGGACUUUACACCGGUGUUCGACCGCGCAAGAAGCUUAAGCCGAUGCAUUGGGAGAAGUUGGAUGGUGUCGAGUACACUCUCUGGGCAGCCCGUAGCAAUAAGGAAGGUGUGUUCGAGGAACUGUCGAAGAAGGGUAUUCUCGAAGAAAUGGAGAGGAUGUUCUUUUUCAAGGAGACGAGGAUGCUCAAGAAAGCGAAAGCCGAAGGCGAGCAGAAGAAGGAGUUCCUGGACACCGGUAUAGUCAAAGCGUUCCACAUCUCCCUUGCGAAGUACUCGCAGAUACCCGCCACGCAGGUUGUCACGAAGAUUCUCAGCUGCGAUAAGGACAUGCUGGACAACUCCGCCAUUAUGGAUUUCUUGCAACGCGAUGAGUUAUGCACAAUCGGCGACAACCUCAUGAAGAAUUUUGCUCCCUACGCCGUUGACUGGACCGAGGCCGGAGCAGACGGCAAAAAGAGGGAAGCGGAUCCGAACGAACUGAGGCGUGAAGACCUGAUCUUCUUGGAGACGGCCUUCAAUCUGCACCAUUACUGGAAGGGGAGAGUUCGAGCUUUGGCUUUGACCCGAAGCUUGGACGCGGAUUACGCCGAUAUCCAGGGCAAAAUCCACCAGGUUGUACGGGUCUCGGAUACGGUCCGAGCUUGUAAGGCGUUCCAGGAUGUGCUUGAACUUAUCUUGCAGAUGGGUAAUUACAUGAACGAUACCACCAAACAAGUUACCGGUUUCAAACUCGGCACGUUGAACCGUCUGGUCAACGUCAAGGACGACAAGAACCAACGGACGUUCAUGGAUUACGUCGAGAUGACGGUUCGCAAGAAGUUCCCCGAGCUGGAGGGCUUCAUCGAGGAGCUCCACGAGAGUACACAGCUCGAGAAAGCCGACGUCGAUCACCUUGCCCAACAAGCGCAAAAGUUCAUUGCCAAUGUCCGAGUGGUUCAAACGUCCGUCGACUCCGGAAAUCUUUCGGAGCCGAAGAAGUUCCACCCACAAGAUCGCGUCUUGCAGGUUGUUCUUCCUGUUCUUCCAGAGGCAAGGAAGAAGGCAGAAUACCUCAAGGACUACCUUGAGGCGAUGAACAAGACAUAUGCCGAUCUUUUGACAUUCUACGGAGAAGAUCCUAAUGAUGAGAACUCGCGCAAGAGAUUCUUCAAGCUUAUUAGUGACUUCGUCAAGAACUACAAGUCGAGUCGUCAAAAGAACAUGGAACUGGAGGACGAAGAGAAACGUCGAGAAAAGCGACAACAGAUGGCGGCAAAUACGCAAGCCAAACAAGCUGCGCGCGCCGACCCACUCGCGCCAGUCGUCACCCAAAGCACAGGCGCUAUGGACGCACUGCUCGACAAGCUACGUGCCGCCGGGCCAAGCUCCCGCGAAAAGAGAGGCGCAAGGCGAAGAGCAAGGCUACGACAGAACGGUGCUAUCCGAGCUGCGUCGAUCACCAAGGAAGCGGAUACGGGAGGUGAAAAUAGCGGAAGUGAAGCAGGAGAUGAUCAGCAGGAGCGGCCAUCGUCUUCAUCGGCGGCGGCGGCUGCCGUAUCCUCGGAUGCGGAACAAGGACUGCUGAGUCCCGAUAUCACCGUUACUUCUGCCGACCAAGCCCCUGCUGAGGACAGUCUCUCGAAGCGGACGGAGGAGAUGCUGAUGCGUCUAAGGGGAGAUGGCGGAGGCGAGGGUUCAGGAGGUGCGUUGGGCGCAGGCAGUAUGCGGGACAAGAAGCGGAAAGAGCGUCGACGACGAAACGGUAGUAACGUUUCGAUGUCAUCUACGGGAUCGGGUCUUGGGUUGACAGCGCCUGGUGGAGCACCCGAUUCCGAUGACCCAGUGGCGAGAGCUAAGAGUGCACUUCUGGCGAUGCGGCGAGGGAGCGAAACUGGGAUCGACGAGGACAGCGAUCAAGGUGCUGCGACACCAAAAACGAUCAUCAGCCCGCCUAGUCCUGACCCGAGUAGUCAGCCAUAG